AUUCAGUUCGACCACCAUGGCAUUCAAGUUCGUAGUCUUCGCUGCCCUCGUCGCCGCCGCCCGUGCCGGCCUUAUCGGCGCCCCUGUGGGUUACGCCGCCCCGGUUGCCCAUGCCGCCUACGCCGCUCCCAUCGCCCAUGCCGCCUACGCCGCCCCAAUCGCCCAUGCCGCCUAUGCCGCCCCAGUCGCCCAUGCCGCCUACGCCGCCCCUGUCGCCGCCGUCGCCAAGACCGUUGUCGCUGACGAGUACGACCCCCAUCCACAGUACCAAUACGGAUACGACAUCCAGGACGGUUUGACCGGAGACUCCAAGAGCCAGCAUGAAGUACGUGAUGGAGAUGUUGUCCAAGGUAGCUACUCUCUGGUGGACCCUGAUGGUACCCGUCGUACCGUCGAAUACAGCGCUGAUCCCGUCAACGGAUUCAACGCCGUCGUCCACAAGGAACCCCUCGUAGCCAAAGCUGUGGUAGCCGCCCCCGCUGUCGCCAAAGUAGCCGCCCCCUUGGCCUACGCCGCCCCCAUCGCCAAAUACAUACAUUAGGGGAAACUAGACUUGACUUAAUUUUUAACUGUACAUAAUUCAUUUACAAUAAGAUAAAUUAAAAAAUAA